AUGCCGCCACCAAAAGUCGACAAGAUCAAUACCAACACAGGCCCCGCCUCAACCAAGAAUACAAUGACCCCGACAUCAGCCAAAUUGUCCGAUGAGGAGAUCCAGGCUUACAGGGACGUGUUCGCCUUAUUCGACAAAGAUAACAGUGGCACAAUCACGGAUGAGGAACUCGGCGAGAUCAUGCGCUCGCUCGGCCAGAACCCAUCAGACUCGGAGCUGCAGGACAUGAUCAAUGAAGUCGACAUCGACCAUUCCGGCAGCAUAGAUUUCGAAGAAUUCCUCAAAAUGAUGUCGACUACCGUCAAGGCACAGGAUUUUGCGCACGAGACCCGCGCCGCCUUCGACGUCUUCGACAAGGACGGCAGCGGCACAAUUUCCGCAGAUGAGCUGCGCCAGGUCAUGAAGUCGCUCGGCGAGAACCUGACUGACGCCGAGAUCGACGAGAUGAUCCGCGAGGCUGACAAAGACAGGAACGGCACGAUAGAUUACGAGGAAUUCGUUCAACUCCUCUCACCCAAACCAUAA